AUGUCUUUCGGAAAGCUGUAUGGCUUUGAUGGCAAUGCCCGGACCAUGGUCUGCUUGGCCGUUGCGAAGGAGAAUAACCUCGACAUCGAAUAUGUUCAGACCGACCCUAGCAAAGGCCUCUCCGCUGAGUACACCAAGCUGAACCCUCUGAAGAAAGUCCCAACCUUUGAGGCAGCAAAUGGCUGGGUCCUUUCUGAGGUUAUCGCUAUUGCAAUCUACUUCACAUCCCAGAACGAGAAGACGACCUUGUUAGGCAAGACUAAGCAAGACUAUGCUCAAAUUGUGCGAUGGAUGUCGUUCGCCAACUCCGAAGUCCUGCCAAACCUGGGCAACUGGUUCCGACCCUUGAUCGGUAGAGACCCAUACAACAAGAAGAACGUCGAAGAUGCAAAGAACGCCACCCUAGAGGCUGUUGCCGUCCUCGAGACCCACUUCUUGAUCAACACCUGGUUUGUCGGCGAAAGAAUUACCUUGGCUGACUUGUUUGGUGCCUCUCUUAUGGCUCGCGGUUUCCAGUUCGUCUGGGACAAGGAGUUCCGAGAGAAGUUCCCUUCUCUUACCCGAUGGUACGAGACUGUCACUAACCAGCCUGUAUGGAAGGCCGUGGUUCCAGAGCCCAUCAUGGUUGAGGAGGCCGUCAAGUACACUCCUCCCAAGAAGGAGGCCAAGCCAAAAGCCGAGCCAGCUCCAAAGACUGAGAAGAAACCAGCCUCAAAGCCGGCCGAUGAUGAGGACGACGAGCCAAAGCCAGAGCAGCCGAAGCAAAAGCACCCUCUUGAAGCUCUUGGCAAGCCUGAGCUCAUCAUGGACGACUGGAAGAGAAAGUACUCCAACGAGGAGACCCGAGAGGUCGCUCUUCCUUGGUUCUGGGAACACUACAAGCCAGAGGAAUACUCUUUGUGGCGAGUUGAUUAUAAGUACAACGACGAAUUGACCAUGACUUUCAUGUCUUCUAACCUGAUCGGUGGUUUCUUUGCUCGUCUCGAGGCCAGCCGAAAGUACAUUUUUGGAGCUGCCUCCGUUUAUGGUGUCACCAAUGACUCUGUCAUUCGUGGUGCAUUCAUGGUACGAGGUCCAGAGGCUCUGCCAGCUUUCGAUGUCGCUCCAGAUUGGGAGAGCUACGAAUUCACCAAGCUCGAUGCUGGCAAGCCUGAGGAUAAGAAGUUCCUUGAGGACAUGUGGGCAUGGGAUCAGCCAAUUGAUGUCAACGGAAAGACCUACGAGUGGGCUGACGGAAAGGUGUUCAAGUAA